AUGGAUCUGCACGAGGGCCUUCAGGCCCGCGAUCAAUCGGGGACCAGCGAGUUCCUGAAUCUAAUUGCCAAUCCAUUUUCGUCUCAAUUCGCCACCAGUGCCGUCUGGGCCUCCCUGGGUACUUCCCUCGGCCUCACACUCGCUCUAGCCAUCGUCUUCUCCCUCGUCCGCCCUCGUCACUCCCUCGUCUACGCUCCGAAAGUCAAACAUGCAGAUAAGAAACAUAGUCCUCCCCCGGUGGGAAAGGGUUUCUUCUCUUGGAUCCGCCCGGUCAUCUAUACCCGUGAACCCCAACUCGUUGAAACCGUUGGCCUGGAUGCCACUAUAUUCCUCCGCUUCACUAAGAUGUGCCGUAAUAUCUUCAUCUUCCUGUCCUUGAUUGGUUGCGUGGUCAUGAUUCCGGUGAAUCUGACGGAAAGCAAGGGCAACAGCGAUUCGAAAGGCAUUACAUUCUUCUCCAACAUGACCCCGCUCUACGUCCAGAACCCGACCGCGAUCUGGAGUCAGGUAGCUUGUGCGUGGGCGUUUGAUAUUAUUAUUGUGUGGUUUCUCUGGAGGAACUACAAAGCUGUGCGGGAUUUGCGGAGGCAGUACUUCCAAAGCUCCGAGUAUCAGUGCAGCAUGCAUGCACGAACUCUCAUGAUCACCGAUAUUCCUCGAGCAGAUCGCUCGGACGAGGGGAUCCUGCGACUCACUGAUCAGGUCAAUCCAACCGCUUCCCUCCCCCGCGCCGCCAUCGCCCGUAACGCCCGGGCUCUUCCCCGUUUGAUUCGGGAGCACGAAGAAGCUGUUCGCCAGCUGGAGAGCAUCCUGGCGAAAUAUCUCAAACGCCCUGAUCACCUCCCUGCGCAACGUCCGAUGAUCCGCCCUCCCAAGAGCCAACGCAGCAAGCACCCCAAUGGGAAGGUGGAUGCGAUCGACUUUCUGACUGUUCGCAUCCGAGUCCUCGAGGAAGAGAUCAAGCACGGACGGGCUGUAAUCGACCGUCGGGACGCUAUGCCAUACGGAUUUGCCAGUUGGGACAGCAUAGAGCAUGCUCAUGCGGUGGCGUGGGCUGCUCGCCGGAAGCACCCCAAGGGAACUACCAUCACUCUGGCUCCUCGGCCAAGUGAUCUGAUCUGGGACAAUCUGCCGCUUUCCAAGUCCUCGCGCAGGUGGAAGAGCUUCAUCAACUUUAUCUGGGUUACUAUCCUGACAUUGCUGUGGAUCGCACCUAACGCAAUGAUCGCGAUCUUCUUGUCGGACUUGAAUAACCUGGGUCGUGUAUGGCCUGCUUUCCAGACCCAAUUGGAGGCGAACCCCCACGUAUGGGCCGCGGUUCAGGGUAUUGCCGGUCCUGCGAUCACUUCUCUCUUCUACCUGGUGCUUCCGGUUAUUUUUCGACGCCUGGCUAUCCAAGCCGGCAGUAAAACGAAAACAUCGCGUGAGCGGCACGUCUUGGCCCAACUGUAUGCCUUUUUUGUUUUCAACAACUUGAUCGUUUUCUCCCUGUUCUCCGCGGCGUGGCUGUUCGUGUCCGGCGUGAUUCAGAAGACUCAAAAUAACGAGGGUGCUUGGCAAGCUAUUGUGGAGAGUAAUAUCUAUUAUAAGGUCAUUAGUGCGCUGUGCGGUGUGUCACCUUUCUGGGUCACUUAUAUCCUCCAGCGCAACCUGGGAGCUGCUAUCGACCUGGUCCAAAUGAUCACCCUGUUCUGGGUUUGGUUCUCCAAGACUUUCCUCUCCCCUACGCCGCGCCAGGCGAUCGAGUGGACUGCUCCACAGCCCUUUGAUUAUGCCAGCUACUACAACUCUUUCCUUUUCUACGCAACUGUUGCUAUGUGCUUUGCCACUCUGCAGCCCAUUGUGCUACCCGUCACCGCCCUAUACUUCGGUGUCGACGCCAUGUUGAAGAAGUAUCUCCUUCUUUACAUCUUCGUUACUAAGAAUGAAUCUGCGGGUGCCUUUUGGCGUGUCCUAUUCAAUCGAAUGGUCUUUGGAACCAUCCUUGCCAAUGUUAUCAUUGCUUUCGUGGCCAAGGAUAAGGGCAAUUGGACCAUGGUUUUCUGCGUCCUUCCGCUCCCAUUCCUGAUGCUGGCCUUCAAGUGGUACUGCAGCCGGACUUUCGAGAAUGAUCUCACAUAUUUCAAUCGCGCCGAUCUUUCCGACGCCGAAGCCCUCGGCAGCUCCAAGACGGGCAAGAAAAGUGCUGAGAGACUCAGCACAAAAUUCGGCCACCCGGCUCUUUACAAGCCCCUGAUGACCCCGAUGGUCCAUGCCAAGGCCGCCGAGGUUCUGAAGGAGAUCUACGCAGGUCGCCUGGAGCACCAUGAUGUGGCUGGCGAAUACUCAGACAUAGCUAUGAACCCAAUGAACGCAUCUCAACCGGGAAAAGCCGAACCAGCACCCUUCGAAGUCGUUCCAGAGAGCCAAUUGGACUUCUCUUACUACAAGAACCGCGCCGACUUCCGCGAGGAGUUCGGCGGAGGGAUCUACGGACGCCCGGAAGAUCUCAUCACCGAGCGAUCCCAUACUCCUCGCAGCAUGCUGGGUGGCGAAUGGUCUCCCAGCUCAUCUCGCGCCUCCUCUCCUGCACCAUCUCUGCCAUCUAUGUCCGUCCUCAAGCUCCAUGAAGGUCAUGAGCCUAGUGAAACCUCCGAGCUGGUCCAUCCUGCCUUCCGUGUCCCUCUGUCUCGGGAGGUCAGCAGCAACUCCGUCCCCGGGCUGUAUCGGCAUUCCAACGAGAGUGAGUCGCGACUUCUCAGCAAUGCCCAAACUCCGGGGCAGAGUGAGCUCUCAAACCCGCUCGAUCGCUGGCGCACUGGUGGGUACGGGCCCCUGGAGCAAGAGGAAGAGGAUAUUUCCUACGAGGCUUACCGGGCUGGCCGGUAA